AAGGUGUGACAAGGUUGCAUAGAGAUAUAUAACCCGAGCACGGAUUUGUUUAGACACCACUUGUCCGGGUUAACGCAAGACUUACAAAAUGAAAGCAUUCCUUAUUGUCCUUGGAGCCUUAGCUUCGGCUAGCGCUGGAUUAGCCCCUGUGGCUGUCCUGCCAAGAGGCCAUGGAUUAGAAGGAGCUUGGAUUCCGGAUUUGAACGAAAAACUUCACGAUGAUGGUUCUUACAGACCUCAAGCCAGAGCUAUCGAAUUGGCCCCAUCCCCAUACGGUUUGACCCCAGCUGGUUCUGGUUUGGAAGGUGCCUAUGUACCACAAGCUAGAGCUAUCGAAUUGGCCCCAUCCCCAUACGGUUUGACCCCAGCUGGUUCUGGUUUGGAAGGUGCCUAUGUACCACAAGCUAGAGCUAUCGAAUUGGCCCCAUCUCCAUACGGUUUGACCCCAGCUGGGUCCGGUUUGGAGGGUGCCUAUGUACCAGAAGCUAGACCUAUUGAAUUGGCCGCAUCUCCAUACGGUUUGACCCCAGCUGGUUCCGGACUCGAAGGUGCUUACGUCGAACCAGCUAGAGCUGUACCAUUGGCCAACUCUCCAUACGGUUUGACUGUCGCUGGUUCUGGACUUGAAGGAGCUUACGUACACGAUAUAACCGAGAAAUUGUACGAUGACGGUUCCUACAGACACCACCACUAGAUUAUGUUAAUUUCC